GAACUUCAUCCGUCACCCUUGGAUUGUUUACGAUCGGACGCUGACCAGACUGAAUUAGACGCUGAAAAUUUGUAAAGUUGAUUCUUUGCGCGAUCGCUCCACGAGAGCGAUAUAAAGUCGGUUAAUAUCGCUGUGAUUAACCGUUAAUAAAUAAUCAAGAAUGGUUCUCACCAAGGAAUAUCGCAUUUGUAUGCCGCUCACUACAGAAGAGUAUCGUAUUGGUCAAUUAUAUAUGAUAGCCAGACAUAGCCAUGAACAAUCUGAUAAUGAUGAGGGAGUAGAAGUAGUAGAAAAUACUGCCUGUGAAGAUCCUGUUCAUGGGAAAGGUCAAUACACUGAAAAAAGGAUUCAUCUCUCCAGUAAACUCCCUUAUUGGAUACAGUCUAUCCUACCACGAAUAUUUUACGUAACGGAAAAAGCAUGGAAUUAUUAUCCUUUCACUAUCACAGAAUAUACUUGUUCUUUUAUACCAAAGUUUCAUAUAGCAAUAAACACUCGGUAUGAAGACAACAAUGGUUCCACAGAGAAUUGCUUAGGUUUGUCACCUAUUGAAUUGAUCCAUCGCGAGGUUGAUUUUGUGGACAUUGCAUAUGAUGAGAUUUCUGCAAAACAUUACAAAGAAGAAGAAGAUCCGAAGUUUUUCCAAUCAAAACGAACAGGACGCGGUCCUUUGGUUGAAGGGUGGAGAGAUACGACACAACCCAUAAUGUGUUCGUAUAAAUUAGUUCACGCGUCAUUUGAAGUCUGGGGCAUGCAGACACGAGUUGAGGAUUUCAUACAUAGAUGUAUAAGGGACAUCCUGCUGCUGGGUCACAGACAAGCUUUUGCCUGGAUCGACGAGUGGUACGACAUGAACUUGGAGGAUGUGCGGCAGUAUGAGCAGAAAAUGCAGGCCGAGACGAAUGAAAAAGUCAGAUUAAGGAAUCAGCUCAACGAGAAGCAGCCCGGUACACCAACUUCGUCCGCGCCAACCACACCGACGGCAAAGUCGCCCACGCAAUCGAAUCGAUCGUGGUUUUCUUGGUCGUAGCCACAAGAUUAGCGCGACAGUUGAUCUCGGGUGCUAAAGCAAUUCUUUGUCGAUUUAGUUAAUAUUCAAGUGAUUUUCUCUAUUUUUCACAUUCAAGUAUAUCGACUAUUCUGGAGAAUGUGCAAAUCGAUAACAAUGAUAUAUUCUUUCAAUGAAUUCUAUAUUGAUAAUUUAAUCAACAGUUUGAUUACUUGCAACU